AGAAGCCCGUGUUCGGUUCUCAGAGAGAGUCCUUUGGGAAGAAGAGUCACAAAGCGGUUUGCUCAGAGAGGGAGCGAGUCAUCCGCAGCGAGCCGCGCUGCACCGGACACCACAGAGCCCGACGCGCCCCGGACCGCCGGGCAGAGGGAGAACGACACAAAACAAAGUGCCCCACCCCCCCACCCCCAGAAAAGAGAGAGGAGGAAGAAAGAAAAGUCCCACCGCGAUGACAUCUAUCGGGUGUUGAUCUCUCGUGUCUCUCUUGACAGCUUGAACCGUGGAACGCAAAGCGCGCCGGGAGUCACUUUUUUUUGGACACACCUCGGUCCCGUCCGCGUCCUGCGGUGAUUUACACACGUCGUUGGGUUGGGACAUUUUUUAUUUUAUUUUUUGGAGCCCACCUUCUCACGAGGAGAAGAAUCACGGGAAUUAAUCGCUCACUUCUGGCGAAGCGCGCGCGGCAGCAAAGAGCGCAACCACGUUGCUCCCCUUUAGAGUCGGAGCGCAGAACAUCUGCGGCAGAACAAGUGCGCAGCCGGCCGGGGGUGAGAGGGAGAGAGGGAGACCAGGAGCGAGACACGCCGGCUUGUUCAUGUUUGGGAUCCAGGAGAGCAUCCAGCGAAGCGGCAGCAGCCUGAAGGAGGAGCCGCUGGGAGGCAUGAACACCGUCCGGAGCUGGAUGCAAGGGGGCGGCGUGCUGGACGCCAACACGGCCGCCCAAAGACAUGCUCAUGGUUUUAUUCAAGAAGACCACGAUUCUCUAUUUUGCCAACAGAGUCAUGGAAGCGGAGUGGGUCUGGCCCGGGCGCACUUUGAGAAGCAGCCGCCCUCAAACCUGCGCAAAUCCAACUUCUUCCACUUCGUCCUGGCUCUUUACGACCGGCAGGGUCAGCCGGUGGAGAUCGAGAGGACCAACUUCUUGGGCUUCAUCGAGAAAGAGAAGGAGACGAGCGGGGAGAAGACCAAUAACGGGAUCCAUUACCGGCUGCAGCUUCUUUACAGUAACGGCAUCAGAACAGAGCAGGACUUUUAUGUUCGACUUAUAGACUCCAUGACCAAACAGGCGAUUAUUUAUGAAGGCCAGGACAAGAAUCCAGAGAUGUGCAGAGUGCUGCUGACACAUGAGAUCAUGUGCAGCCGGUGCUGUGACAAGAAGAGCUGCGGAAACCGUAAUGAGACACCCUCAGACCCUGUUAUCAUCGACAGAUUCUUCCUCAAGUUUUUCCUCAAGUGCAACCAGAACUGUCUAAAAAACGCAGGAAACCCACGAGACAUGAGGAGGUUCCAGGUGGUGGUAUCGACUACAGUGAGUGUCGAUGGACACGUCCUGUCAGUCUCCGACAACAUGUUUGUCCACAACAAUUCCAAACACGGCCGACGGGCCCGCAGACUGGACCCCGUGGAAGGAACCCAGUCGUACCUCGAACACGGAGCAGCUCCCUGCAUUAAAGCCAUCAGCCCCAGCGAGGGCUGGACUACGGGAGGCGCCACGGUCAUCAUCAUAGGAGACAACUUCUUCGAUGGGCUCCAAGUCAUCUUCGGUACCAUGCUGGUUUGGAGCGAGUUGAUCACGCCGCAUGCCAUCCGGGUGCAGACGCCUCCCAGACACAUCCCCGGGGUCGUUGAGGUCACUCUGUCUUACAAGUCCAAACAGUUCUGCAAAGGCACACCUGGAAGGUUCAUAUACACAGCAUUGAAUGAGCCGACCAUUGACUACGGUUUCCAAAGGCUUCAGAAGGUCAUUCCUCGGCACCCUGGGGAUCCCGAGAGGCUACCAAAGGAGGUUAUUUUAAAGAGAGCAGCCGACUUGGUAGAAGCCCUUUAUGGUUUGCCCCAUAACAACCAGGAGAUCAUUCUGAAACGCGCGGCGGACAUUGCAGAAGCUCUCCAUAGCGUUCCGCGAGGACACUCCCAGCUCUCCGGCUCCAACCACAGCGGUAUGAUGGGAGUCAACUCCUUCACUGGGCAGCUGUCCGUCAAUGUCUCCGAACCCCCGCAGGCCAAUCAGGGAUUCGUGCGCAGCAGCAGCAGCAGCGUGUCCCCUCACGGCUACGUGCCCAGCUCCACGCCGCAGCAGACCAGUUACACUUCUGUCACCAGCACCAUGAAUGGCUACGCAAUCAACACCGGCAUGAACAACCUGGGAGGCUCGCCUACUUUCCUCAACGGCUCUGCAGCCAACUCGCCUUAUGCUAUUGUUCCAUCCAGCCCCACCAUGGCCUCCUCCACCUCUCUCCCCUCCAACUGCUCCUCCUCUUCUGGCGUUUUCUCCUUCUCUCCAGCCAACAUGGUGUCGGCGGCCGUUAAGCAGAAGUCUGCCUUCGCUCCAGUGGUCAGGCCCUCCUCCUCGCCUCCGCCCUCGUGCACCAGCUCCAACGUCAACGGCCUCCAAGAUCAAACCUUUGUGGACUCUAGCAAGUACUCAACAGCCAACUCUCUACAAGGCCUGGCUUUCACCUGAACCUGGUCUAUCCUGUCCUCCCAAUCUCACUUCCGUCUCAUCAUCACCUCUUCGUCCUCUUCAGUUGUACCUUUUCAUCCGCACCUCAUCCCACGGCACAGAUCAAACAUUCUGUUGCCUAGUAACUCCUCCCUGUCUUCCAGUUGGCUUGAGAAAAAGACAGGAAGUUAUUUAGCAUUUACAGAGACAAGAAAAAAAGGAACAUUUGGCAAAGAGAAUUUAUUUCUCAACAUUGCUGGCUUUGUUUAGCUGUGUGUGUGUGUGUGUGUGUGUGUGUGUGUGUGUGUGUGUGUGUGUGUGUGUGUGUGUGUGUGUGUGUGUGUGACAGAGUCUGUGCGGGGUGUGGGAACUGAGAGCGCAGCCUCAAAGCACAGCUGACAUAAACACUCCCCACUUACAGACACACACACACACACUUUCCUCUGUCACACACACGCAGGGAUCACACGCUGGCAGCUUACCAUGGAGCGAUCGACAAUGACAGCUGUUCGACUCUCUCGACAGGUUUUAGGGGCGGAAUACCUGUCCUAGUGUUUGUGUGCUUGUGAGCACCUGAUAAACAAAGGAAGCAGGUUCGAUGCACAAUUUAAAAACAUUUAGUUCAUGUUUUUCUUCUUCUGUGUGUAUAUAUGUGCGUGGUAGCAUUUACUUGUGCAGCAGUCUUAAGCCUUCAAAGUGAGGACAUUUUGGCAAGUCCUACGUCCCAGACAUGGUUUGACUGUUCAUGUUAGAAUUGCUGAGGGUUGAUGAUCACAGUGAGAUGAUAGAUACAUAGAUAGUUUAUUGAUCCCUCAAGAGGGAAAUUUUGUUAUCACAGCAGCAUGUACAGGGAAGAAAAUAGAAUUAAAAGAUACACAAUAUAAUAAGAUAAAACAUAUUAAAUUAUUAAAUAAAAUAAAAUAAAAUAAAGUGAAACAAAAGAAUAACCUUCAAGAAGAGAGGGUACGGAAUACAGUUUAUCACAAAGAUGGGAGUACAAAGUUUAGUGUGUGUGUGUGUGUGUGUGUGUGUGUGUGUGUGUGUGUGUGUGUGAGUGUGUGACUUUGGGCUGGGCUCUGUCUCUCACAUGUUGACACCCAUCCCUUGGGUUAUUAUACACCAUGAUGCAAUCUCUGAGGCACACACAAACACACAAUAAAAUACACUAACUGUUCUCUCGCACAACCAAAUGUGUGUGUCUGCGUGUUGGUGUGUGUAUUUGUGUGGGUGGGUGUGUUUGAGCGAGCAGCGUUGCCAAAAUCCAACUUAUACUGUAUGAUGUGUCUCUGCUCGAUUUGUUACUGAUUCAUUGGUCUAUUGAUGUUUUAAAUGUCACUGCAGUCACACAGCUGCACAGAUGUGAAGACAUAUUGAUCUAUUUAUGACAUUUUUUUUAUGACAAUGAAAACUAUUUGGCUGUAUUUUAAUAGGUUUCCCCCCUUUCUCUCCCUCUGUUUGUUUCUCCACCCAACAGCAAUCCCAGGAAUGAUAGUUCCACACAUGUAAAGGUGAGAAUGACUGUGUGUGUGUGUGUGUGUGUGUGUGUGUGUGUGUGUGUGUGUGUGUGUGUGUGUGUCAGAUGAACCAAGCACAUCCACGCUGGUCCCUGCAGAGGAUUCCGAUGCGAGUCAGACUCCGGUCGGGGAUCGAUGUCCCGAUCUGAAGGAACAAACCCAACUCAGGCCUUUCUAACACAAAAACAACAGCGAGAAAAAACAGACGAGGAACAAAAAACAAAGACUGUUUGCAAAGAAAUAAGUUGUUUGGACUUUGUACACCGUGAUGCUUUAUAGGAGAACGGCCACGCCUACAUUAUGACUCUCCACAGACGCAGGAAGUGUAUUUAUUUUGGACAUAAUCCACUUCUUCCCUUGAAUGACUUCUUUUUGUGCAACAGUUAAAGUUUGAUAAUCAUCUUCUGACUGUAUCUCACGUGACGGAUUUUCUAUUAAUGAAGGAAUAUAAUGUGAAGAACGCCUGAUGAUGAUGGUGGGGACUAUGAUGAUGAUGAUGAUGAGAUAAGGCUGCAAGAUUCAUAGAGGGUCAAAUCCAGCCGACACAGACAAGCCAAACCAGACACACACUUUUGCUUCUUAUUGCCAAAUCCACACCACCAUCUCCACAAGCACUUCGAGGGGCGAGGUCUUCCUGUGCAGAUGCUUCCCCGCCUGUUGCAGUCAAGAAAUCCCCACGUUUCAGCCAACAGAAGGUGUUGAGGGAAACAAAAUCUGUCAUUUGACAAACCAGGAAUAAAAGACAGAAAGAAGACUCGCUGUCGGUCGGUCUCAGGAUAGAAGUUCAUACUUACUUGCAUUGGUUUGUGAUCGCCGGGAGCCAACGGAGGAACUGACUCACCUCCUUCACCGAGACCUCCGUCGGCCUUCUUACCACACGAUCUGCUAAGAAGUCGGGGAGGAUGCGUUUUAAAGACUGCUGCCAGUUUGUUGUGAAAGUCGCUUUCUCAAAUGUUUGGUCUCAGUACACGAAUCCUUGUUUCUGUUUUGUUUUUCUUUUGGUUGGCUCUCAGUUUAUUUUGUUAGCUGGACAUUUCUCUGCUGACUGAGAGAAUUGCAGUCAGAAAGUAAUCCAGUGGUGUGGCUUUAAACCGAGUCUCUACGUAAUAUCACAAUAUGGGAAAUUAGCACAACUUCUUUGUGGAGGCGUCACGUAAUGAGUUCAAAUCCACCACAAGGAACAAAUUAUAUUUCUGCAUCAAAAGCUAGUUGUUAAGGUGUAAGAACAAAAACAUUAUGUGGAGGUUUAACAUUACUGGAGUAAAGUCAGUGUAGACUUUUAGGUUCACGGGAGCACAAACACCACAAUUUUAGUUUUCCAUUGGCUUGGUUUCAUAUAAUUUGAACACGCGUAAUGGGCUUUGAAGAGGUCAUCGUCAUUUCCCUUAUUGUGGUGAGAUUAAAAAAAUCUGCUUUUGAUUUCAAUUCAUUUUUACAGAACAACUGUAAUUCUCUGCAUCCCAGUUUGCACUUCAAGAGGAAAAGAUGAGGUAGGAAUUUCUUUAAGUCUUGUUUAAGUUUUUCUUUUUUUUCCACGGCGGGAUAAUUAGCCAGCAACACGUCUUAAAUGCACACGCAAAGUAACUGAUGAAUUGUUGUGAAAGUCACUGUAGUGCGUGGGAUUAAACAGUCUUAAUUAAUUUAUGAUUCUGUACGUUUUUUUGCCCAAAGCCCUUGUUUGAGAUUUUACUGCGUGAACAGUCUUACACCACAGCUUCAACUAUGGUUUACUUUGGGGUCAUACAUGCUGGAAUGCCACAUUAUGUACAACUUACAACGUUGCUUUCAUGCCUGUAGUAGGUUAAUUGUUUUAUUUUUUGUCACUAAAUUCAUGGUAUUUGCCAGUAAAUUUCGAUUCAGACAGAAAAACUAACUGGCAUCACAUGCUGAUAAAGUAAACCCUUCAUAUUUGAGAUUAAUCAGUUAAUCAGUAACUCCUGCUCGAGGGGAUCCAGGCUGAAUAUAGUGUAGUGCUUGAUAAAUAGAGGAAGAAAAUUGAAAAUAAAAUUCAAUUUUUAAAUCUACAAUGGGUGAAAGCAACCUCCUCAGCCAGAAGGCAGUACUUCUUCUUCUUCAGAGCAUUAAUUCAAAAUGUGGAUGAACUUUUUAAGGAUUCUUUUUAAAUGGAAUAAAAAACUUGAGAAAACUCACAUGAUAAAAGAUGUUUCCCUUGAUCCAUCACUCGUGUGCAAGGAUUUCAACGUCAUUAACCAUUUUGUAUAUUGCGUUUGUUUAUUAAAGGCCAUACUUCCACCGCUGAUUUCAAUCAAACUAAAAUAAGCCAUGUUGUCAUGUUUUUUUAUUUGUCAGAAAAGCAGGCGGACAUUUUUUAUUUGCCACCAUGUUGUUGGUAUAAUUAUUCUAAAGGAUUGCAUCAUUUAGUUGCGUUAUCUAGGUGUAGCGUUCAUAAAUAUGUCUUUAUGAAGGUCUGUGUUUGGUCUUCCAUGGAUUCGAAGAACAGAACUUUCUCCUGUUUUCUGUCUUCUCUUUGCUCCCUCUGUCUGCUCGUUCUUUCCUUUCCCUUUACAAAAUGAGCCACCUAUUUAUUUGAUCUCAAAUAUGGGUCUUGAGACCACUCUUCUGUUUGCCUCCACGUGUGAUAGUGCCUGCGACUGUGUGUCUGAGUGUGACGUCAUUUUUCUCUGAAAGAAAAAUGUGAUGUUUUGAAGUUAAAGAAUGUUUUUCUUUUCAUAGUACAUAUAUAAAUACCUGUACAGGAAUAAGUACAUGGAGGGUUUGGUUAAAAGAAGAAUGAUCCGAAGCAACAGUACUGGUUCAUCGUGGCUUGUCUGCGGUCAGAGUGGUGGUCACCAUCAAUGCUCACAUUUAUCCGGGGAAGAGUAAAGAGGAAGCUACUGUAAAGAUAAUGUUGAUUCUUUUUUUAUUUUAAACUUUGAAGUGUAAAAUAACUUUUUGAUUCUCUAUAUUUAAUUAAAGUUCUUCUCUGUGA